UACUGUCAUUUUUUACUGUUUUGGGUGUGGGUUCAGUCGUAUACGACGUGCGUGUGAAAAUAAUAUAUUUUGGGCAAAUACUUUUAUUGUUUGCCUUUUUUGGAUAAAUAAUCUCACUUGAAAUGUUAUAGGAAACAUUGAACAUAGAAUUCUGUUUAGAGCAACUUGAGGACAGUUAGUAAAGUAAUUUUUUGACAAAAAAACAGAAAUCGAUCAAUUAUAAACUAGUUCCACUUGUGAAAGUUGCUACAAAAAAUGGCCAACGUUUGUGAACCAUUGACACUUGCCAAAGAUGUGAAGCGUUCGAUUGAACUGCUAGAAAAUUUACAAAGAAGUGGGGAAGUACCAGCUACAAAACUGGCAGCGUUGCAGAAGGUACUACAGAGUGAUUUUCUGAAUGCUGUCCGUGAAGUUUAUGAACAUGUUUAUGAAACUGUUGACGUCCAGGGCUCGCUGGACGUUCGAGCUUCGGCCACAGCUAAAGCAACUAUAGCUGCUUUUGCUGCCAGUGAAGGUCAUGCUCAUCCACGGGUUGUUGAGUUGCCAAAAACAGACGAGGGUCUUGGUUUCAACGUCAUGGGUGGAAAAGAACAAAACUCACCAAUUUAUAUUUCUCGUAUUAUACCCGGGGGUGUUGCUGAUCGUCACGGUGGAUUGAAACGCGGUGACCAAUUGCUGUCUGUUAACGGUGUAUCGGUAGAAGGUGAAAACCAUGAGAAGGCUGUCGAGCUGCUGAAGCAAGCUGUCGGAUCCGUCAAACUGGUAGUUCGGUAUACUCCAAAAGUUUUGGAAGAAAUGGAGCUUCGUUUCGAUAAACAGCGCGCUGCCAGAAGACGCCAACAAUACUAAUGCUUUAGUUUCGUAGCAUCUCUGACCAUUUUAAAACAAACAUUAGAGAAGAAAGCAUAUAGUCGCCAUUGUCAUCGUUUAUGGAGGGUCUUCAAAUGAAGUUCUAGUGCUCUUGUCGUUAUUGUCUAAUUUGUGUAAUUUGUACAUUGUAUUUUAUUCUUAACUAGAAUAGUAUUCAUAAAGUUUCACAUUGAUUGUUA